CCUCACACUGCUCUUCCAAAGAGGGAGGGAGAGACAGAGAGAGAGAAAGCAGGGAGUGAGAGAGAGUUGCUAUCUUCAAAAAGGGGUGGGAACGCUGAACCUGGAAGCUAAAAAGUUUUUCCCAAGCCUGCGAACAAGAAUCAAAGCUGUAAGAACUAAAAUCGUGCGGAAAACUUGAGACCAGCGAGACAACUUUCCUGCAAUAAAAGUGAUCGAAAACAGCCUCAGAAUGGGAGAAGAUGCAGUGCAAGUAGAAAGGAGCAGCAUGGCAAGCUUACAUGAGAGCCAGGAGCUGGUGGUGCCCACUCCCAGCCCUACUCAACCUUCACCCAGUCAUAGCCUCACCCAGCUGGGUACUGGCGGGGAACCUAGCAGUCCCGGAGCUCAUGCCGAAGCCCCUACGGGUACUUUGCUCAAAGAUGGAACUUCAACCACAGGCCCGGUGAAUGCCAUCACCGUCCUGACCCUUUUAGAUAAGCUGGUGAACAUGCUGGACACGGUGCAAGAAAAUCAGAACAAGAUGGAGGUCAGACAAGUGGAGAUCGAAGGGGCGGUGAGGGGAAUCCAGAACGACAUGGUCAAGCUGUCCAAGAGUCAUACCUCCACGUCCAACACGGUCAGCAAACUGCUGGAGAAGAGCCGUAAGGUCAGCGUCCACAUGAAGGAGGUAAAAGAGAAGAUGGAUAAGCAGGCCUUCCAGGUGAAAAAGAUCGAGGCCAACCACACUCACCUGCUCAAGAGGAACAACUUCAAAGUGCUUAUUUUCCAGGAUGAAAAUGAAAUCCCUUCAAGCGUCUUUGUGAAGGAACCUGAAGACAUACCUGAAUUGGAGGAGGAGGUAAACCCACCCAUCGAUCCCAACCGUUCUCAAGAGGACGGCCUUCAGACCAUUGCCCUUUCCUCGGACGAGGAGCAGCCACAAGAGGAAGAUGAAGAUGAAAUUUUGAGGGUUCUGGAUCAAGAAAGCGAGGCCAGAAUUGACAAAACUCGAGCUGAGAAGAUCAAGAGUUCCAGUCUGAAGAAAGUGGACAGCCUGAAGAAAGCUUUCUCCAGGCAUAACAUCGAGAAGAAGAUGAACAAGUUCGGCACCAAGAUCGUUUCACUGGAGCAGCGUGAGAAAAUCAAAAAGAGUCUGACACCGAGCCACCAGAAGAGCCCUAGUGCCAAGACCUCCAGCUUCAAGGUCUCUCCACUUACCUUUAAUAUCAAGAAGGGACGCGGCAAAGACGGGGAACCGCAGGAUGAGGCCUCGGCUCAAUCUGAGGGUUCACCAACUGCUGUCGCCUCCAUAGAGUUAGCCCCGAUUGAAAGCCCGACUGAAGACCUGUCCUUCCAAGAGGUUCACUCACAGCUUGCACCAGGCCAUGAGGAAGUCAAAGCGGCAAUAGAGGCGAUGGAGAAGGACGAGUUGCCCAAUGUCCUGAAUGGAACAGCUGAGGUUGAGCUGUCAAUCACAGAAGAUGUAAGUGAGGAGUACGCCCUUUCUGCAACGCUUCCUCAGGAUGCCUCCCACAAUGCUUUGCAGGAAGAAAGCAACGAGGAAGAAGAGGAGGAUGAGGCAAAGAAAAGAUUGCAGAGUGAAGAAAGCCCUCUAGCAGAAGCUGCAGGGCAAGCCGAGGGUGUUGCUGUAGGACAAGCGUCCUAAUGUCCUAACCCUUCAGUUUGGCCAUGACAUCCUUUUAAGCUGAGAAAACACUCUCUCCAUUAUUAGUACCAGCCAUACCCCGUUCUGUCCUGGCAGAGUCCCAUCUUUGCAGAUGCCGUAUUUUGCUGUAUUAGUAUCCAAUGUUUUCAAAGGUAAAAUUCACAUUCGUUUAAAAAUCCCUAUUUUCCCAAACCUUCUGCUUGCGAGAAAACCACUCCAGCAAAAUCUACCGGAUAUUCAAUCUUCCUCCGUUGGUCAGAGCUUUGGUUUAGUGAAGCCUAACUGUCAGCUGAUGAAAGGUGGCAAAGGAAAAUAAAAUCCUCAAAGCCAAAAGUCAAUAAAUGCCAAGUGCGCUCCAUCUACCUGAUGGGUACGUUUUAAACAUGGCCUCUCAACCCACAAUUCAUUUUUUUCUGGAACAGCCUGCACACAUCUGAAAGUGAUAUUCACUUUAUGCAACCUAGAUAGAUAUGAAAGCUUUGUAUCGUCUGUCCAAUAUAAUUGUGUUUUAAAGGGUCCCCCGACUAUAAACGUAUGUCUUAAUAGAUUAACUCUGGGAUUAGUAAUAAGAAUGUAAAAUUAAAAACAGUACAAAUGUCAUAGUUUUAAUAAAAAAAUAUUUUCACUCAAAGGCCGCCAUUUUGUUGACAUCACAAUACGUGACGUCAAGAGGUUGAAAUCAAAACCCAUCCUAUUAAUGAAACAAAGUCUUCAAUUAGUAGAUGAGAUAAAGACGAUCUGAGAGGUAAGAAGGUGGAAGUGUGAAUAUAUUUUUUUCUGUAGUAAACUGUAGUAAUAUUUUGCGACAAUCAUUGCAUGUCAUUGACUCAAAAUGCAAUGCGCGAAACAUAAUGGCGGCCUCCACAACUUAUAACAAGUAUUGCAUCUGGGUUUUUCAAAGCAAUAACAAUAUUUAUUGUGUUUCUAUCAGUGGAUUUUAGUAGUAUAUGGCAAAUACAAAGUAUUAAAGCAUACAAGUUUUUAUAGUAGAGGUACCCUUUAAAUCAUUUAUUAUUUUGGGUAUCAAAAAUGUGUAUGUAAUCAAUCAUAAACGUAUGUUGUAUUCAAUGCACAGAUCACACUGAUCAUACUGUGAACCCAGACUAUACAGAAACAAAAUGAGAUUGAGCUAAUGUCCAUAAACUACAAAUAUGUGUGGAUGUCUGCUUUGUAGCAAAUAUUAAGUAGAUGCAAACACCACAAAACGUUAAUAUUCAGUAUUUGGGUUGCUUCGUAUCUCAAAUACUGUUUACAAGGGGACCCUGGUUUUCUCUGAGCUUCACAUAUGUCUCGGACCGUAAUAAAAAAAAACAUUCCAGCUUUUGAUAUAUGGCUUUGUUCAGAGAGCGUUUCUAAUGCUCGUGUUGGCAUGGUGUUGGAAAAGAAAAGCCUUCAUCAGGCAUUGAGGGGCCAGACCAGAUUUCAAGCAUAUUUCUGAAAGUGAUGAACGAGACUUUCAUUCCAGUUGGAGGCAAAUAAUCCUACAGAGAUGUGAAGAGUAGUGGGGAACGAAAAAGAAAAAGUCUGUUUGAAUUGAAGUUAUGUUUUAAAUGUAAUUUAGGGGAGAAUAACAUAGCGGGUAUAUGGAAAGGAGAAAUCAGGGGCAAAAAGAAACCUGUGCCACUCACUACCAAAAGCGACUUCUUGAUGAAAAGAUUAAUCAACAGCAUUAUCGUAUUUUCCCAAUAAAUUUGACUUAUUUUAAAAAACAUGUCUGAAUAAAUGGGAAUCUCUUUUUAUGUAUUUGUGAUGUUGUGAUGUUGCUGCCGCCUUCUCGACGUGAGUAAAUUGAGAAUUUUCAUUUCAAUAUUCCAGUGCUGAACAAAAUCAUAAGUGUGUACAGUAUCUUUGCUUUGGGUGGAUGUGAAUGGGAUUUUACUUCUUUUGAGUCUUUAAAAAAAAUAAUAACAAAGUUUAACUGUUAAUUGUUGCUUAUCUUGUAACCCCUAAUCUUUAUUUGCAUAUCUUACACAAUUUUAAUUGCCUCUAUGAUUUCAUAAUAUAUAUGAGAGAGCUAUCCUGUAUGUUGUCUUAUGACAUUAUGCCAAAGAAAAGGCUUUUGUUACAGCAGACACUUGGUGUUUCUGUGUCACCUGUUUGCCGACAUGUUAUCGAAGCACGCUGUUGAAAUUGUUCUUAUAAUACAAUUAAAUAAAGAUUUUGAAUAAUUUCUUUUCA